AUGGCAACCGAUUCUACAAAAGAAGCGGCAUCAUCUGGGACAUCCUUCUACAGCACAGCAAGACCCAGUAGCAAUCUAGAUGCCGGUAAAGAUGCGCAAGAAAUUCUUAGGCGGUUCCAAGGGAGAGACCACACCAUCUCUCAGAGAAACAGGCUUGGAAUCCGCCACUAUCCGGCCGACUCUCCUCCUCUGAAGGUCAGGUGGUUUUACGCGGUGGACUCGCCCAAAUGGAAACCAUCCUUUCUGGACCAACCCAAAGAGAUCUCGAAACCUUUGCCAGCUCCGAAGAAGUUUGUUCCAUUUACAAUAAAGGAUUCCCAAGCGAUUGAACGUGCAUUCCAGGACUUGUGCAAUGCUGAGCUGGAGCGCGAGCAGGGACAUUCACCUCAGCCGGUAGAGGAUGAACCUGUGAAAGUACCUGUUAACGAGGACUAUCUCUUCGAUGUGAACAUAAACAAAAGGGAGCUUUGCCCAGCUUACUGGAUAGGCCCUGUGUACGAAGUUCGUCGUGGGACAUGGUUUUUCCAAGAAGGUUCAACUAUCAAACCCUGCGAAGAGAACCUGGCCGCCCAGCUAGAGGAAGGGUACCUAAAAGUGAAACCGUGGCGACCUGCAGAUACCAGCGAGAGUUCCUCUCAGCCUUUGUCAAAUGCAAAUAACCGCGAGCAAGCCUUGCUCACAAGUGAUGAUUUUAUGUCCAGGGUUAGCAAAACGGUAUAUCAGACUCUCGGUGGAGUACCAGGCACCAGACUAGUUCGUGGAUUCUCAGAAAUGAAGAAAUAUAAUGAAGCUCAGGAUAAGAAAAGCUCUGAUAAGAAAGCUAGCGAGCCGCUGCCUUCUGAUCAGAGCGCACAGACCGGAAAUACCGUCGCCAGACCAACCCUGGAUCUUUCGAAGUCCAACACGGAGCCGCAAGAGUCGCCAGACACGGCAGAAUCGAGACCAAUCACAACCCUGGAACGGCGUGUUUCGUCUCUAGCAGGCGUGCAGGACUCCACGGAAAUUGAAGAACAGGCCCGUAAACAAGAAGAAAAGGAAAUGGAAGAUCUAAGGGAGACAGAUGACGAGGACAGGGAGAGAGAAAUUGAUCACUUAGUCCUGGUCACACACGGAAUCGGUCAGCGGCUCGGCCUGCGUCUAGAAAGUGUUAACUUCAUACAUGAUGUGAAUGUUCUCAGAAAAACAAUGAAACGCGUCUAUAAAGCGUCUCCAGAUCUUCAAGCUCUCAAUUCUGCCUUCCCGGACCGACAGAAAAACUGCCGCGUUCAAGUCCUCCCUGUGUGCUGGAGACACUUACUAGAAUUUCCUCAUAAAAAGGCCGGCCAAAAUCGUACAGAGCUCGACCUGGCAGAUAUGGACAUGCUCGAUGAUGAUGUCUACCCUACUCUGUCCGACAUCACUCUUGAAAGUGUUCCCGCCGUCCGGAAUCUCAUUUCUGACCUCGCCAUUGAUGUUCUGCUCUACCAAAGUAAGCACCGUGACCAAAUUUCCGCCAUUGUCAGGAAUGAAUGCAAUCGAAUCGUCGAGCUUUACAGGAAGCGAAACCCUUCUUUCAACGGCACAGUGAGCCUUUGUGGGCACUCCCUCGGAAGUGCGAUUCUAUUCGAUAUUCUCUGUUCGGGGGACACAGGGCCAAAGAUGGAGAAUAUUCAUGAUGAAGCUGGUACAGCUUCAUUAACAUUUGAGUGCGAGGAAUUCUUCUGUCUAGGGUCUCCAGUAGCUCUAUUUGAGAUGCUCAAAGGCACAGGGACUGCGGUUACUGAGAAUCAGUCCUCCGUGUCUGUUCCAAAGUGCCAGCAACUGUAUAACAUAUUCCAUCCGUCCGAUCCGCCCCAACCUUUACCAUCCGUCAAACGAAGCAUUUGGACCGCUUCUGGGCAAAGUCUCUCUUUAAUCGGCAGUCGCGUGGGCCAAAGUGUCGGCUCAUUGUGGACCAAUUUCACAUCCGGUGUUGCUAGCAGUUUGUUGAACCGCAGUCUCGGUAUCGGUUCUGAAGAAAGCACACGGCAGCGCCCAGACAGCCGCCCUCAAACACUGCCACAUUCCUCACUGCCGCAAAAUGCUACCAACUCAGGUGACAGGAGUCCUACUUUGAUAGACCCGGGUCUGGAGACGCUGUAUGAUGGCUUUCAGAAAGCCAAAUUAAGACGUGAAAAAACAGCCGCGAUUUCAGAGCAGGAAUCAGACUCAGGCAUGAAGAGCACGGACCUUGGUCUAACAAAACUGAAACUGGAGGAUGAGAAAGUGAGGCUAUUGAACUCCAACGGACGAGUCGAUUAUAGUAUACAAGAGGGUGCCUUCGAUAUAUCCCUGAUUGCAAGCCUUGCCAGUCACUUGAGUUACUGGUCAGAUGAGGACGUCAACCAUUUUAUGCUUUCGCAGAUGCUCUGCCGCAAUCGUACAGACUCGAUCGGUCAUUGA